AUUGCGCCACUGCACUCUAGCCUGGGCGACAGAGCAACACUCUGUCUCAAAAAAAAAAGAGAGAGAGAGAGAGAGAUGUCUAUUACAAGAGCUGACACCAGCAAUGCUCAGUAAACAUUCAUUUCAUCACCUUUUAAAAACAGCUUUAUUGAAACAAUAAUUCAUGUCAUAAAAUAUACCCCUUUAAAGUGUACAAUUCAGUGAUUGUUAGUAGAUUCAUAGAGUUAUAUACCUAUCACUGUGAUCUAUCUAAUUCUAGAACAUUUUCAUCACCCUAAAAAGAAUCCCAUUGACAGUCACUCCUUGUUCCCCAAGCCCCUCAGCCUUUGGCAGCCACUAACCUCCUUUCCAGCUCUCUGGAUUUUCUAUUCUAGACAUUUUGUAUAAAUGGAAUCAUACAAUACGUGGCCUUUUGUGACUGGUUUCAUUUACUUAGCAUGAUGUUUUCAAGAAUUUAAGCUUCAUCCAUGUGAUUGCAUGUACUUCAUUUCUUUUUUUGGUUGAAUCAUACUCCAUGGUAUGGAUAGAACACAUUUUGCUUAUUUAUAGCUCGGUUACCUUUGUGUUGCAGAAGAUGCUCAUGCUUCUGUCUCCUUGUUUCCAGGCCACAGAAAUAAGCACCUAAUUGGGGGAGGGGAGGAGAGGACUUAUUGAAUAUUUUUCAAAUUUUGAUUUUAAUAAUUUUUGGCUUUCUGAAUUCAAAGUAUUUUGAUCAGUUUAUUUAAUUGGUCUUUUUAAUACCCCUUUUAAAAAUUACAGCGUCACGGAGGAAACUUCAUUUGGGUUGUGAGAAUAGGGAUUUAAGGGGAAAAGGUAGUACUCUAGGGUCUAACAGAGUGAAAGGAUACUUUGUCAUGUGAAAUUUUUCUUGGAUUGGUCCUGAGAUAGAGUAAAGCAAAAAGCUGGUUCCUGUGGGUUGGGACAGAGCAGUGGAUUGACCUUGUUUAUUCACUUGGUUCAUUUGCCCUUUGUGUCACAGGGCCCCAGAUGGGUCCCAGGUAGUGAAAUAUUAGCUUAUCUAAUUUGUAUCCUUUCACACUCCUUAAACACAUAUCCAGGGCAACAGGAAAAAAUGCGGUGCCUGUAUUAGAAUAAAAUUUAGGGCCUGGUUUGGUGACAGGCACCAGUACUUUCAGCUACUCUGGUGGCUGAGGCAGGAGGAUUGCUUGAGCCUAGGAGUUCUAGGCUAUAGUGCAUGAUGAUGAUUUUACUGGCAUACAGAUGAAAAAGAAAAAUAUAUUUGAAAUCAAAAUAAAAAUACAGCGCACAAUGAUGUUGCUGUGCUGCCUAGGCUAUAGUGCACUCCAGCCUGGGCAGCAUAGCAAGAUCCCAUCUCUCAUAAGAAACUUUACUAGAAUGAAACUUUUUUAUUACAUAGAUGUUGCUUAUUCAUUGUAGAAAAAAUUGAAUUACAGAUGAUUUUUAAAACUACCAGAGCAAACCAUUUAACCUAUUUGUGUACAUACUCCCAGAUUUCUUAAACAUGUUGCAAAAAAAAUAAAUCGUACCAUUCUGGUGGUUUUCUAAGCUGCUUUUUAUACGUAAUGUAUUGUGAGCAUCUUUUCAUGGCCAUAACUAUUACAUACAAAAGAAAAAAAAACAGGCUUCACAAUAAAUACUUAAAAGACAUUUUGACCAGAAACUAAUGAGGAAGGGUUUUUUGGUUUUGUUUUUGCGAUUUUGUUUUUGUACCUCCUGUAUAAUGCUGAACUUGGUAAUUCUGCAGUAAAUAUUAACAUUUUCUCAGGAUCUGCUGAAGAUGAACAUGACAACAAAUAAGAAACUCCACUUUCCUCAGCACAGCCUUAAUUAACAUCGCUGGCUUUGUUUGAGAUCAAGCAAAUGUUGGCUUCAGUGUCCGAGUCUCUUCUUGGGGUCCCACGGCCUUGGGUCUAGCACCUCUGCUGGACACCUCGUAGGGCUUCCGAGACGUGCCGCGACCCACAGGACCCCACGAAAGCUUUUUCCCACGGCAAGCUCCCUGGGGACGGGGAAAGGAGCCGGGACCCGAACCUAGCUGGCCUCGCGCUGCGACUGCGGAGAGAAGGGCGGUGGCCCGCACGGGGCGGGCGGCUCUGCACACUGCAGCUGGGGAGGUCCAGGUCUGCCGCUGGGGCGGGGUGGCGGCUCAGUGUUGUUGGGUCCCUAUGGAGAUGACCCUGUCCCUGCCCCACCCCUCUCCGGAGCUGCGUGCCGGUGAGGGCGCACUCGAUUUUCACUGCACGGUUUCAAGAGAAGACAGCCGCCACCAUGCCGGGCCUCAUGGCCACUUCCCAGAGGUGAUCUUAAUUGCACACCUAUUGAAAUAAACCUGUAGUUUCCAGAAGUGGAAGAAAAUUUGCUGAGACGUCAACUGAGGAUUCUUCCUGGAGAACUGCGGAGAUGGAGAGCUUCCACACAAGAUUUAGUGCCUGGACACCUUUUAGCAACAAGUCAUUAAAUAGACAGCUCUUUCAGGAAAGAGUGGCUCUUAUAAGUCAUUGGUUUGACCUCUGGACUAACAAGCAACGUCAAGAAUUCUUAUUCGCGAUUUUUUUAAGAUGCACUAAAUCACAGUUAAGGUUUGUCCAAGACUGGUUUUCAGAAAGGAUGCAAGUGGCCAAAGUGGAUUUCUCUACAGUGUUACCACGCUUCAUUUCUCUAUAUAUCUUUUCCUUUCUGAGUGCGAAAGAUUUGUGUGCAGCUGCCCAAGUCAGCUGGCCCUGGAAGUUUUUAACUGAACAGGAUUGCUUAUGGAUGCCCAAAUGCGUUAAAUUUGGGUGGUUUCUGCCCUAUACUCCAACAGAUAAUGAGUAUGGUGCUUGGAAGCGCCAUUACGUUGCCUGUGUGUCCCACUUAGACUGGCUGACACCUAGGGAGGCUGCUGCUACUUAUGGGACGCUGAAUGAACCCAAAACAGAAGAUGAGGAACUACUGGAGAGACAAAGAGAAAAGUGCUUGAGGAAAAGAAUUUGGGAGGAAAUUGCACUACGUAACAAGGAGUUAUUCAAAGUUAGACCCCCUUGGGUUAGUGGAACUUGCUGCUCUAGCGUGCUAAAGCCCAGACGCCAACCACGCCUCUCCCAGACUGUAAGGGAGCGAGUGGGUUCACGUGAAGCUUUGGAGAAACAGCUUGUUUUGACAUCUUUAGAAAUCUUGCCCAAGCGAAGCAAUAUUUCUGGAAGCCAUUCCUACCCUUUAUUAUCAAAGAAAUAUUGGCAUGGAGUUCAUAAAAAUGAUGACAGCUCUUCAUAUGCUCUCCGGCCACACUUCAUAUUAAUAUCAUCCCGGAUUCCUGCGUAUGAGAUGGUAGUGGAGAGCGUGAAGGCUGGUGUCGUUUCUGUGGUAUAUGAACACAGCGUAACCUUGGAGAGCCUGCUGUAUCUGAUAGAAAAAGCUCUGGACGGGAGGAAGGCACAGAGCAUGGGAAUAUUUAGCGAUGGAGAUAGCAGAGAAAUCAAUUUACUCCAAGGCUAUAAAAUUGGUGUUAAAAAUUUACUGAGGCCUGAAGUGAGAGAUUUCUGGGAGAAAUUAGGAAGCUAUGUGGCCACUGAAGAAGAAGGGGGUCAUGUGGACUUCUUCGUGCCCCUUGGAGCAUCAGAGGCAGGAACUGAAGUUCUUUCCCAGCUGUCUCAACUAACUGGCACAUUCUUUACGGCCCCCACUGGGAUUGCAACUGGCUCUUACCAGCACAUUCUUAGUGAUUGGCUGGGAUCCCAAUGGGGAAAGGCCCCCUCUUCCAUCUACUUCUGCGAAGCAAAGCUACAGACAUGGUCCAGCUUCGCAGACUUCCUAGAAGAAACCUUGAAAACAGUAAGGAAGCAGCUGUAUCCUCUCUUCAAGGAACUGCAGAAGAGCAUCAGUGGCAGGAUGAUAGGUAAGCAUGGGCAGUUUAUGUUUGACACUGGUAUGACUAACAUUCUGAAUAACCAAGAGACUACAAUAAGUCAUAAGAUACUGAUGGAGUUGUCAAAAGAAGAUUCUGAAAGAAGUGUUGUAGAAGACAAUUCUUGGGACACAAAGUCCAGGCUCAGCAAAAAUGAUUUAAAUUUUGAAGCACUGAUUAAUCUGGAGAGAAUACUCCAGAAGGAUUCAGCAGAAAAGCGAACUAGAGUUGUCAGGGAACUCUUACAGAGUGAGAGAAAAUACGUGCAGAUGCUGGAAAUUGUGAGAGAUGUUUAUUUCGCACCACUGAAAGCAGCACUGUCAUCAAACAGAGCAAUUCUGAGUGCUGCCAAUAUCCAGAUCCUUUUCUCUGAUAUUCUACAGAUUUUAAGUCUUAACAGGCAGUUUCUAGAUAACCUGAGAGACAGACUACAGGAAUGGGGCCCAGCUCACUGUGUGGGAGAAAUAGUCACGAAGUUUGGAAGCCAGUUGAACACAUAUACCAAUUUCUUCAACAAUUACCCUGUCAUUCUGAAAACUAUUGAGAAGUGCAGAGAAAUGAUACCAGCAUUCCGAACUUUCCUGAAGAGGCAUGAUAAGACCAUUGUUACCAAAAUGCUGAGCCUGCCGGAGCUGCUGUUGUACCCAUCCCGAAGAUUUGAAGAAUAUCUUAAUCUCCUCUACGCUGUCAGGCUUCAUACCCCUGCAGAGCAUGUUGACCGUGGGGACUUGACCACUGCAAUUGACCAAAUCAAAAAAUAUAAAAGUUAUAUAGAUCAGAUGAAGCAAAACAUCAAUAUGAAGGAUCAUCUGUCAGAUAUACAGAGAAUCAUCUGGGGAUGCCCUACUCUAUCAGAAGUAAACAGAUAUCUAAUUAGGGUACAAGAUGUAGCCCAACUUCAUUGCUGUGAUGAAGAAAUAAGUUUCUCUUUAAGGCUCUAUGAACACAUCCAUGAUCUCAGCCUUUUCCUCUUCAAUGAUGCACUGCUCGUUUCUAGUCGGGGCACAUCUCAUACUCCAUUUGAGAGGACUUCAAAAACAACCUACCAGUUCAUUGCAUCAGUGGCCCUUCAUCGGUUACUCAUAGAAAAUAUUCCAGAUUCCAAGUAUGUCAAGAAUGCAUUUAUUCUUCAAGGUCCAAAAUAUAAAUGGAUUUGUGCUACAGAAGUAGAGGAUGAGAAGUUCCUAUGGCUGUCAGUACUUAGAAAUGCAAUCAAAAGCAGUAUGGAGAAGUGAGACCAAACUUGAAAACUUCAAGGGUGCCAAUUCUCCCCAGCAAAGACAGACAACAUGUAUUUUCUGUUCCAAAAUAUCCAGUAAGAAACAGAGUAACUGUCAUGGAUGAUGAGAUAAACUAAGAUGACCCAUAGGAUCUUUACAACUUUUAAACUUUAUCAUUUGUG